UUUAACAGUAAAACUAUACUGUUUAACCAAAAUAAUGAUUCCUUGGGAAGGCUUUGUACCCAAGCUUUCAAUGCUCUUUUUCCUUCUUUUUUCCAACAGUUAAAGGAGAACAUUGAGCAGUUCUUCACCAAAUUUGUGGAGGAAGGGAAAGCUACUGUUCGCUUGAAGGAACCUGCAGUAGAUGUCUGUCUUAGCAAGGCAAAUGCCAGCAAUUUAAAGAGCUUCCUUGCAGCAGUGAGGCUGGCUGACCGAGGCACCGAUGUUGAAGCGCUGCCUCUUUCAGUCUUGGUACCAGCAAAGACGUCGGAAGUUGAGAAACCGAAAUCUAAGAUGAUCAUUACAUCAAAAAGAGACUAUCCGCUAACCAAAAAUUUCCCUUACUCCCUUGAACAUCUGCAAGCCUCAUACUGCAAACUCGCUCGAGUCGACAUGCGAAUGCUGUGUCUGAAAAAACUCCGAAAACUGGACUUAAGCCACAAUCAUAUAAAAAAACUGCCAGAAACUAUCGGCGACCUUGUUAGCCUUCAGGAGCUGAAUCUGCACAACAAUCACUUAGAGUCCUUCUGUGUCGCUCUGUGCAACUCUACGCUUCAGAAGUCUCUACAGUUUUUGGACCUCAGCCAAAAUAAAAUCAAAGCACUUCCAGUUCAAUUUUGUCAACUGCAAGAACUCAUUCACUUAAAGCUGGAUGAUAAUGAGUUGAUUAGGUUGCCAUUCAAGAUAGGCCAGCUAAGUCAACUACGCUUCCUGUCAGCAGCCCGUAAUAAGCUUCCUUUUUUGCCCAAUGACUUCAGAAAUCUCUCUCUUGAGAAGUUAGAUCUCUUUGGAAACCCUUUUGAACAGCCUCAUCCUCUUGUUCCCAGCAUACAGCUAAAAAUACCGUUAACUUUAUUAGAAUCUGCUGCAAGAGCAACAGUAAACUACAGAAUCCCUUAUGGUCGUCAUCUGCUUCCUUCUCAUCUCUGUGAAGAUCUGGAUGUAGCUAAAACAUGUCAGUGUGGAAGUGCCUGUCUAAGCUGCUUCAUUCAGACAACAGUGACGAUGAAUCUCCAUCAUGUAGCUCAUACUGUGGUCCUUGUCGAUAACAUGGGAGGUACAGAGGCUCCCAUUGUCUGUUACUUUUGCUCUCUCACUUGUUAUUCCCAGUUUCUAGAUAGAUAUCUGCAGAGUAAUAGGUGACCUUAAGGGACAGUGAAGGCACUGUUGUGGGAAGUUUCAUCCAGUGAUGGAGGACUUGGAAAUCAAAUAUUGCUUAGCUGUCCUUGACUGCUAUUAUGAAAUGGAAACGAACCAUUGAGUGUGCACUACAAAUAGUUAAUGUCAGACUUACAAAGCCUUCUCACUGUAAACCUGAUGUGAUCUGUCUAUGCUAAAGUAUCUUUCACUUCAGUGCAGAGAUUUCAACUUGAAUCUUCUUAAUAAGAAUGUAUUUUAGCUUGCUUAUAUUGCUGUAACUUUGUCCGAACCAUCACUGUUUUUUCUCUUUAUGCUUUUUUAUGGAUUAGGUUACCUCUCCUUGCCAGAAGGAGGGAGUCGGGUGAAUUUCUGCUUGUUUCUAUUGCUAAUCAUGUACACCUUCCCUUGCUUGAUGCUCUGAACUCAAUCAACUAGGGAGGACUAGCCUUUUUUCCUAGUUCACAGUGCAGUGCCUUUCCUGCUGGAGAGCAGGAACUCUGACUAAUUCACUAGGUUGUUUAUCAUGGAGCAGGAAAGUAUUCUACUGUCCAAGAGAUUACAUUGUAAGACUAGUUCUUAAACGCUCUUCAGGUAUUUUUGGUUCCAUAAACAAUGCCACAUGUAGGGUGCUCACCUCAAUCAGGAUACAGUAUUAGCCUUUUUUUAUCAGAACAAAUAUUUGUGUGUUUUUAUAACUGUCAUAUAAGAGAAAUGUCAGUUUCACAUUCACAACCUAAAUUAACUAUUUCUAAGCAUCAUGUAAAUAUUUAAGGUUCUUGGGAUGUUCAUUACAUGAUUACUUCAAUUAUUAAAUGCUGAAAUUCUUCUUGCA